AUGAUUGCACAACCUAGAUACUCGUAGAAAAUGGCUGACACCUUCUCAAACAGCAAAGACUUUUAUUCUUUUCACUAAAAAUAACUGAUUGGAACGAAGGUGCAUCCCUAACUCUUAGAACAUUUAUCAAUCUCUUAGCGAACGAAAAUGACGACUUUGAAAGACCGGACAAGUUCAGAUAUAUUUACAAGUUUCAUUAAUAGAGGGAUGCUGCAUAGUGAAUAGAAGGAGAUCAAUCUUUAGACUUACGACAAUUCUUCAACGAUGAUGAUUAAGCAGAAUGAUGAUGACAGAAUUAGUAAAGAAGAGUAAACAACUCCACAGAUUCUGCAAACUCAAGGGGAAUAAGAGAAAUCAAAGAAGUUAUUGCCUCCUCUUAAGUUGAUUACAAAUAAACUGAAACAAAAGGAGAGACAGAACCAAUCAAAAGAACGUACUGAAACCUUUAAAAGUUCCCUCAUCGAGACACCUACAAUGCAAAAAACUUUAGCCAGAAAGCAUAGAGCAUUCGGAUAGGGUGAACAGAAGUCAACGAUAGAAAAUGAAACCAGUGUGCAUAAGAUGGGAAGAACUUCUUCAACUCCUUUUAUGUAAAAGUCAAAAGAGGACAAGGAGGAUCAUCUAACAAGCAGAUCUGGUACACCGCAAAAAGAGUUGUUUCAUGCAAGUCCUCUAAGAAAUAGACAAAAACUGUAAAAUAAGUAGGCUGUAAUUCAAACCCCAUAAUCCAAAGGAGUAAAAGAAAAGAAGUAAUCGAAUGCUUUCUAUUCUUCCUCCUCAUAAUAGUAAUAAAUUAAAGGCACAGACAUUUAAAAUGAAAAAAAAGUAGUACCCAAGAAAAAAAAGAAAGUGAAUCAAGGAAUUGCAAUUUAAUAAUAGAAUCAAUAAAAAGAAAAGUUAACAUAACGUCACACUUCAUAUAGAUGCUUUAUCAAUAAAAUCAAUUUCUCAAAUAAUUAAUGUAUUUGUUGUCCCACCAAGUUGGAAGUUCCCUCCUACUUUUAUUAUGUGGGCAAGGGAAAUAAUGGUAGUCUCAUCAAAAACAUGUUCCGUUAAAGAUGGUGGUGGUAAGAGGUAGAGACUUUGGAUAUUACCAAAGUGAAUAUGUCUUGGACAUAAUUAAAAUAAAACAUGUGCAUAACCUAAUUGCAUCCCUGCAUUGUGGAUUCAGGACCAUAGAGUUCUGAGUCAUUCCUUUUGAGUCAUGAAGAAACAAUAGGAGACACCAGUGACUCAGACAUGGAAGCUAGACCUAAAUAAUUAAAUAGUACUGCAGGCCAAUUAAAGUCGACUCCUUAACAGUAAUAAAAGAGACCCUAAAAUUACUAUUCUUUAAGAAGAAUCUUUAAUCAAUAAGAUCUCUAAAAAAUCUUAAAUUAUAUGGAGGAAACUGGAUGUUAAGACACUUAAUUAAUUUUUAGCGAUUGCACUGAAAAGUUGCUCAAAGACAUUAAAUCUCUCUGCACUAAUCAAAGGCAGGAUAGCAAAACCUUUAGAAUGCACAAUCAUAUGGAGGAUAAUUGGCAUUUGGGUAACAAAAAAGCAUUGUUCUACAAUAUGAAACAUUACUAUUAGAUUACAAAGGAGGAUUAUAAUAAGUUACUUCCAGUCACUUUUCAUGUAUAAAAAGGGGUUAAUGACAUAGAAUAUCAGAGGUUUUUAGAAUACUUUAAUAGGAGGACUGAGGAAAUUAAAGAAAUUGAAAGAACUAGAGAGAGGAAGGAUAAAAAGAAACUUCCAAUUAAUUUAUGGAUUAUCAAACCAGGUGAAUUAACAAAUAGAGGUAAUGGAAUUACAGUUUGUAAUGAUCUUAAUGAAAUCAACAAGAUCAUCAAUGAGGAAAUUCAAGAGGGCAGACCAAGAACAUAUAUUGUAUAAUAAUAUAUAGACAAUCCUCUUUUAUAUAAUAAGAGGAAAUUUGAUAUCAGAUGUUAUAUGCUAUUGACUUCUUAAAAUGGGAUCUUCAAGGGGUACUGGUAUCAGGAGGGAUACAUUAGAACAUCAUCAAAGGAGUUCACUACGAAAUGUUUGGAUAGAUUUGUUCAUUUGACCAAUGAUGCUGUCUAAUCUAAGGAUCAAGACUAUGGAAAACAUGAGCCUGGAAAUAAAAUAUCUUAUCUUGAAUUUUAAAGAUACGUUGAAGCCAAUCAUCCGAAUUCAAAAUUUAAUUUCUUCAUAGACAUUUAUCCAAAGAUGAAGUCUGCUGCUCUUGAAAUGAUGAAGGCUACUUAUGGUAAAAUAGAUCCACAUCGUAGAAUUAAUAGUUUUGAGCUCUAUGGAUUAGACUUUAUGAUUGAUGACAAUUUUAAAUUGUGGUUGAUUGAAGCAAAUACAAACCCUUGUUUAGAACUCUCUUGUCCACUUCUCAGCAGGAUCAUACCUACUAUGGUUGAAAAUCUAUUUAGGAUUGCAGUAGACCCAAUUUUCCCUCCUCCUUUUUUUGAAGAAUGGCCUCAAAAUAAGAAACUAUUCAUACCAGACAAUGUUAUUGAAAACAACAAAUUCGAACUCAUUUUUGAUGAAUUGAUUGAAAAAAAGAAUAUGAUCAAUCUAUUUCGUGAUAAUAAAAUAGAACAGGAAUGCUUUGAUAUUGAAGAAGAGGAAGAAGAAGAAGAAAAGGAUUGA